AUGCAGGGGACCCCGACACUACGUACUCGCAUGGACUGCUUUGCCUCAACCAUUCGUCUCGAUGGCAUUUGCCUAGCCGACGGCAUUAGAACCAGGAGAUGCGCGAGCUUCGUGCCGUUCAAGAAGAGGACGAUCUUUCGUCCGUAUCUCCAAGUCGUCGCCAUUAUGUUUGAGUCCUCUGUUGUGAGAGUUAGCGUACCAGCAACACUGCAUAUUUUUGUGCGGCACCCCGUAUGCAUCGGCAGGAUAGACCCAUGUCUGUUCCUAGUGCUUCCCAACACUGAAAGGGCGCCGAGCUUCUCGCGUGACACCUUAUUCCUUGCACGUAUUCUGAUCGUUGCUGCUACGAUGUGA